AUGAUCCUUCCCAGCUACUGUCGCAAACUCGCACAAAUUCGUCACGUCGCCACCAUGAACUACGUUGCAAGGCUUCAACAAAUCUGGUCGCUGGUUCCUCAGCAGCCGGAGGACAACGACACUUGGGACACUGUCCAAGUUGCAUUGGGGACUCUCACAAGGGACAUCGACAAUGAAAUUCGCCAGAACGAUGAGUGGGAGCGACUCCUCGUUGAACAAGAGGAGGCCCUCGGCAAUCAAGAUCGAGAGCUUGCCGAAAAGGAGCAAUCUCUUCAGGAGAGGGAGAAGACCCUUGGUGAGAGGGAGCAGACUCUCCUGGUCAAGGAGCAGGCUGUCCAAACAAGGGAGCAUGACCUCGAUCGAAGAGAACAGGCUGUCAAGGACAAGGAGCACCAAUUGGAGCUCAAUGCAAAGCUUGACUUGAUCAUUGGAAAGAUGGAAAACAGUGCUACGAGAGAGCAGGUCCAAUCUGUUUCGGACAGUGUGCAGAACAUGGCCAGCCAGCAGCAGGUCACGGCUACCCAAGAGCAGGUCAAGGCCGUUUCCAAGGCCUUGGACACUGUCUUGAACGACGGUGCGACCAAAGAGCAGGUCACGGCUGUUUCCAAGGCCUUGGACACCUUCUCAAAAGACAAUGCGACCAAAGAGCAGGUCACGGCUGUGUCCAACAGCCUGAACACCAUGUCAACGCAAGUACAGGCAAUUCCAGCCGUUUCUGAAAAGGUCGAUGCAAUCUCAGACCAAAUGAAGCAAGUCGGGUUUGUUUCGGAAAGCCUACAGAACGUGGUGCAAUUCAUGGCAGGCGUCUCGCACAUGUUGAAUACUGUGUCGGACCAACUCAGUCAGAUAUGGAACGAUAGCUCUACGCAGGAGCUUGUUCAGGGGGGCACGAGCAAGCUCUGGAAGAAAUUGCUAGAGAUUUCAUCUGCUAUGGAAAGCCAGAGCCGGACCCGUUCGGAGACACUUGACUCGAUCUCAAGCCAGAUCAGUCAGGUGAACAAUGACAAGGCUACCAAAGAGCAGGUCGAGUCUGCUCUAGCCAAGCUUGACACUCUGUCGGAAAACGGCGCUACCCAGGAGCUCGUUCAGUCUGUCAGCACGACGGUCGGGUUGGUUUUGGCCAGGUUCAACAAAGUGGCAUCCAAAGAUAACUUGAAAACCCUUCACCGCGCCCUUGCUCUUCAACUCGCAGCAGUGGCAAAUGACCACGACAUCAGACUGUCUGACAUUGAGUCUGAUCUGCAGAAUGUGUGGAGCUGGGUAGAAAACCUCUGUGAUGGCGACACCAAUUCCCUAGCUGUUGUCCUGAAAGAAGUAAGGACAGACAAGGACUGGGAAAAUACCAGUUACGGUGCCCUUGCCAGUUUGGAAACACAGAUACAGAAGGUUGAGUGGCUAGAGCAACAGCUGAAGGACCUCAAUAGCACAAAUCUUGACAUGAAAAAGCAGAUCCAAGACCAACGUGCCAGACUGGACAAGCUCAACGAGGAAGUCAGUCGUUCGCAGGAAUUGCUGGCCACCAGACGUUCCUGCUCAAGACGGUCUGGCCCCCCCAAGAACAACCGUCUAUGGGUACAGCGUGUGGAUGACUUGUUGGACAAGCUCGACAGGUUCAUGAUUGCGGACAUACAAGAGGGUCCCCUGGAGACCAUCUUCAAUCAGUUCUGUUUGAUCAUGUCUGAUCCAGAUGAUCGUGCCUUGGGCAAUUUGGACCUUUUCAACGUCGGGGCACCAGUAGAUCGCUGGUAUUGUUUCAAGCGCGUUAUCCACUCCUGGCCUACUACUGAUGCCAUCUCAUACGAUGGACAAUGUAGAAUUAGCCCUUCCUGCCAAACAACCAAACAAAAUCUUACCCCACUACCUCGACACAACAACCACAACAACAACCACGACCACAAGAUGAACGACAGCGUCAAAAUGAACGCGCCUAGCAUGCCGCUGGACGCUCAAAAGCGUCGUAGCCAUAUCAUGACCGAAAUCAAAAAGGCUUUUCGUCUUGAGGAGUCCUUCAUCCAUCGCAUGAUGGCGGACAUCUUUGCUGCCAAGGCCCAUGAGAACUUGUGGCGACAGAAGUUCGCGUCGGUCUGUCCCAAUGUCCGAAACUGGUUGAUUGACUUUUAUGUCGUCAAGUGGUUCUUUCCUGAAGAGAUAAGCAGCCUGUAUAAAAUAAAUUACCCGCUGCCUGCUCCUUCUGCGGAGACUUCGCCGGAAUAUGCGGCGUUCCGCGAGGCAAAGAUCCAAGAGCGCGAUGGCACCUUUGUUGUGCCUGAUACGGCCAUGUGGCACCAGCUGAGACCACAGGUCAGCGAGGGUCACCCAGGCGUGACAAUCACGCCUCUGGCUAACCCUUAUGUCAUGCCCGCUCUGGGUCAAACCUGGCUCAAUUUUGUCGGAUGGGCUUGCGAGGUUCUCUUGAUGUCGCACAACCCACAGUUGCAGCCCAGCUACCCUGUCUGGCUCGAGAAGCAUGUGGUCGAUGGCUGCCCUCCUCACAACGAGGAGAGGCUGGUGGAGACGGCGAACUACGCACGCAUGGUUGCCACAUUCAAGACCGCGCUUCCUCAGGCUGAGCGUUUGCUCGCUGGCGCGGCCCUGGAUGAUAUUACUCUCGAGCAGGCCGUGACUGAGUGCGAAAAGUUGUGCUCCAGCCUUCAUGUUGGACUGCCAUCUUGGAACAUGCAUGCUACCUCUAAACUACUUGUUUGGGCUGCUUUGCACAACACACACGCUGUCGACCCAUAUGUGGCUGAGCAUUACCCUCGACAGGGUCUGGGCGUGACAGUCGAGCUCCUCAGAGCCUUGCUCCCUAAGUUCUGUCAGUGGAAGGGGCGUCAGUAUGUUGAGCAUUGGAUUAAGGAGAAUCCCUUGUCUCUGCCGCGUACGAGGCUUGAAGAAUCGGUUGAGAGGGUCUUGAAAGACAUGAACAUUUGA